AUGGAUCCCUCGCGCCCGAAGAGUGGUAUAUCCUCUCGCCCUUUAGACUCCCCUGCUCCGAGUGCAUCUUCAAGACCGAAAGUUCAACAGCUCAAACCUCAAGCCCUUGCCAACCGCCCUAGUACUCCCGCGACUCUGGACUCCCCUGCUCCAGGUGAAUCGUCAAGGCCGAAAGUUCAACAGUUGAAACCCCAAGCCCUUACCAACCGUCCUAUUACUUCCGCAAUUCUGGUGUCCGCGCGACAAAAGGGCAACCCGAUCCUGUCCCAUAUAAAGCUCGUACCAUGGGAGUAUGCCGAUAUUCCCGCAGAUUAUGUGGUAGGCACCACAACGUGCGCAAUGUUUCUCUCCUUGAAAUACCAUCGCCUACACCCCGAAUACAUCUACGCCCGAGUGAAACAAUUAGCAGGCAAAUACAAUCUCCGCCUCGUACUGGUGAUGGUCGACAUACCAAACCAUGAAGACAAUCUCCGAGAGUUGUCCAAAACAUCCAUCAUCAACAAUCUGACCUUGAUAUUGUGUUGGUCCGCACCAGAGGCUGCGCAUUAUCUUGAGCUUUACAAGUCCUCAGAGAAUGCACAGCCCACCGCCAUUCGAGCGAAACAGGCUCAAUCAUAUAAAGAAUCGCUGGUGGAGUUUGUCACAGUACCCAGAAGUAUCAACAAGUCCGAUACCGCGAGUCUGAUCUCCACCUUCGGAAGUUUACAAAAUGCCAUAAAUGCACAGCCGGAGCAGAUCAGCGCUGUACCGGGGUGGGGAGAGAAAAAGGUCCAACAAUGGUGUCAUGCAGUCCGAGAAGACUUCAGAGUUGAGAGUGCGAAGCGGGCUUCUGCUCCUGCCAUAAAACCUCGGGCUCGACUGCCAGCCGUGAAUGUGGAUGACAAAAACGAUCAGGAUAUCGAUGAAGAGGAUGAAGAAGAGGCGAUUCUUCGUGAGGUUUUAGCGGAAAGCAGGAAAACAGCAGCUGCGCACGCUGCACAGUCUACUGAGCCUCAGGCUGAAAAUCAACCAAGCGAAGAGAUGAGUGAAGGUAUCGCGGCAGCACUUGCCAGGCUCAGAGAUAAUACUGGUUGA